AUGGAGUUGGAAGAUAUUGAAUCUGACUGGGAUGAAGAGGUUCAAUACCUUGAUGCUGAAACUCAAACAAGCGAGUGUGAGGCAUUGGCACAGGUCAAAACACAAACCACAACCACAGAUGUAACAGUGGUGAAGCAGAGAAUUGUGAAAGUGUGUGAAGGAACUGAGAGCAGUGAAGAUCUACCCAGUGAAGAUUUGGUGCAGAUUUGUGAAGAAGCCAAGACUGAUGAUAAUCUACCAGCAGCAGUUAUCCGCAGUUCUUUGGGUUUUGUUUUAGUCUUUUUCCUGUUCUGUCCAGAUGAUGCACAAUGCCCUGGCAAUAAAGUUGGAGAAUCGACACAAUUCAUUUUUGUGUUUUGCAGUAAUCUGACUGCUGCCUGCUCAGAAGAGAGUGACCAGACUGUGCCACCAAAGCUUGAUGAAGAAGUCUCUGAAAAUCAAGUGCUGGCAACAGUUGAGAACAGCCCCUCUCAACAGGAAGAGAAGAUUUUGAAGAGUGAGUUGGAUCAAGGAGGUGAGUGCUUAAAACGCUUCUACAUUUUUUACAGAUGCUCACUCUCCUUACUGCUCAAGUCAUAUACCUACAUGUGCCUAGUAACUGCUAUCAUGCCUAAACGAAGUAAAGACUUAGAGUUAGUCCAUCUUGUUCGUGAUGUGCCGCUGACACCCAGAAGUUCCACCCCUAAUUCCCAGUACGCUUUAGAUUUACCCAAUGUUCCCAGUUACCGCAAUUCCAGCUCUCGGCUAUCUCCACUUAGCCAUAGGAAGCAAGCAUCUGGGGUCAUAAACCCUAACUUCUUGACAGAGGAAUGGUCUCCAUUGCAUCGUAUAGAUCCUCACACAACAUUAUGGCCCUCAGUCAACAUUGAAGAUGUAGAUUCUGAAGGUGUUACUUUAACACCUGAGAAUGGCCAGUUGCCACCAACUAAAGUGCCCUCUUCACCAUACAAGAGUCGGACACUUACAGUGCCAGGUGUCCCCAAGUCAGCACAAAGAAGUAAGUCCUCCUAUCAUGAAAAUGUGGAUGAACCAUCCGAGGAAUUACCAGUGCAAGCUUGGAAUAGCCAGACCAACCUCCAGGUUGAAGAUAGUUUCAGCGAUAAACAGGGCUCAACAACAAGUAUUACUAGUGCUAUUGUGAAUGAGCGCCUCCAAGAACUGGUGAGAAGCUUUAAAGAACGAACAGAACUGGUGAAGGAAAAGCUUAUUGACCCCGAUGCAUCUGAAGAUGAAGCAAGUCCAACUGCAUCACCAACCAAGAAGGCUGGGGAAGCUCCUGCUCCACCUCCUCCCCCAGAGGAAGAAAAGGAAGAGGAGGAAGAACACUACUGUGAAAUGAUGUGCUGCCGGUUUAAAACUCAACCUUGGAUCAGACGGAUUAAAGGACUGGGGUUUCCAUCCAGCGUUGAUCCUUUCAGCAAUCCAACAUAUGUGCUGUGGUUAUCCAUUGUGGUCUUCGCCUGGAAUUGGAAUGUCUGGUUAAUCCCUGUGCGUUGUACUUUUCCUUAUCAAACACCUGAUAAUGUCCACCUAUGGCUGUUGAUGGAUUAUUUCUGUGAUCUGAUUUACGUGAUAGAUAUGGCUUUUUUCCAGUCUCGUCUUCAGUUCGUUCAAGGAGGAGACAUUAUAGUGACAAUAAAGCCUAUGAGAGAAAAUUACAUGAAAACACCUAAAUUCAAGAUGGACUUAGUGUCGCUUUUGCCUCUGGACAUUUUGUACAUUAAGUUAGGUUUCAGACCUGUAUUAAGGUUCCCACGCCUCAUGAAGUACACGACCUUUCUAGAAUUCAAUGACCGGCUGGAGGCUAUAAUGAGCAAGGCCUAUAUAUAUAGAGUUAUAAGGACCACGAUAUAUCUGUUGUACAGCCUCCAUAUAAAUGCCUGUCUAUAUUACUGGGCAUCUGACUAUGAGGGAAUUGGAGCCACAAAGUGGGUCUAUGAUGGUGAGGGGAACAGUUACAUGAGGUGCUACUACUGGGCUGUGAAGACUCUGAUUACAAUUGGAGGGCUACCGGACCCACAGACAGUAUUUGAAAUCCUCUUUCAACUUGUCAAUUAUUUCACAGGAGUCUUUAUCUUCUCCAUUAUGAUUGGUCAGAUGAGAGAUGUGGUGGGCGCAGCCACUGCUGGACAGACCUAUUUUCGAAACUGCAUGGAUAACACUGUGAGAUAUAUGAACUCUUACAGAAUUCCUCGAUUCGUUCAGAACAGAGUGCGCAAGUGGUAUGAAUUCACUUGGGAAUCACAAGGAAUGCUGGAUGAGACGGAGCUGUUAGUGCAACUUCCUGACAAGAUGAGACUGGACAUUGCCAUUGAUGUUAACUAUAGCAUCGUCAGUAAGGUGGCACUGUUUCAGGGCUGUGACAGACAGAUGAUUUAUGACAUGCUGAAACGACUGAAGUCAGUGGUGUACCUGCCCGGAGACUACGUGUGCAAGAAGGGAGAGAUUGGGAGAGAAAUGUACAUCAUUAAAGCUGGAGAGGUCCAGGUUGUUGGUGGCCCUGAUGGAAAGACUGUGUUUGUGACUCUACGAGCAGGUUCUGUAUUUGGCGAGAUCAGUUUACUUUCGGUUGGAGGAGGGAAUCGACGGACCGCAAACGUCGUUGCUCAUGGAUUUGCAAACCUCUUCAUUCUUGACAAGAAAGACUUGAAUGACAUUCUAACCCACUAUCCAGAUUCUCAGAAACUGCUGCGAAAGAAAGCUAAGAAACUCCUGUCUAAAGAUGAUGAAAAAGAUGUAAAGCCACAACCAAAAGGAAUACAGCAUAUCAUCCCUCCAAGACCAGAGACUCCCAAAUUAUUCUUGGCAGCCCUCUCAAUAACCGACAAAUUUGGAAUCAAGGGAACAUUCUCGCUUAUUAAACAGAAACUCAGGGAAUCUGCCAAAAUGAAGCCUCGUCCGAUGCCUCCUGCCUCCCCUGUCCAUCGCCGAUCACCUGUUCCAGUAGAAAAGGUGGAGGAUGAUUAUGAUGAUGAAGUUGUUUCCGAAUCUUCGGAUUACUCUGUGCUGAUCAGAAUGAGCCCCUCACACCACAGGGAUAAGGAACAAAUCUUAUCUGUAGAAGUUCCAGCUGAAGAAGAAGAGGAUUCUGAAAAAUGA